AUGGAGAACAAGCAAAUUGGAGGCCAAAAAAGAAAUGGCACUUCCAAAAAGCGCGAAAGGGAGAAAGAUUGUCUCUCUACAUUCUUGAAAUAUCGAGAUGACCUCUACAAGGAAGCCAGUGAGCUCUGCACGCUUUGCGGCGUUGAGCUUGCCCUCAUCAUCUCUUCCCCUUCUGGUGAGCUCUACGCUUUUGGUCACCCCAACUUUGAGAUGGUCGUUGAUCGAUUCCUAGACUCUGACACCAAACGACCCAUUGGUGGGACUGGCGAUCCAGUUGAAGAUGCUCGUCUCAAGGCGAGCAUUGAGGCACUCAACAAACAAUUGAUGCAGCUUCAAGUUCAAAAGGAGAUCGAGAGGGAAAGGGCAAAGGUUUUGGCCAAACUUGCUGCAAUACGUCGUACAAAGCUUCUGACAAACACAAACAUUGACGAACUUAGCCCCGAAGAUACUCAGAAGCUGAAGGCCUGGCUCCUGGAACUGAAAGAGAAGAUUCGUGAGCACCGCGAGAAGUUGGUCGCCAGCGCUCCCCCUACUGCUGUGGCUAGCAAUGAUGCUAGUUCUGGGUCUUCUUCUGGCUAUGCUGGAGCUGGUUCUUUGGGCUAUGGCCUAGGAGGCAUGCCCUAG